AUGAAUUGGACGCAGCGGUCGCCGAUCUUGCUCAUUCUAUGUGGACUGAUUUUACUUGGUGUUAUGGCAAGUAUGAUCGUCCUUGGUCUUAUUCCUGUAUAUUUGUCAGCUCGCGGUACUGACAUCCAAGCAGACACAGGUCCGGCUAUCUUCACAUUGAAAUAUACCACGACGACUAUCGAUGUAUCAACAUCCGAUGUGAUUAAUCUUGCGCCACUGAGCACUGAGGCAAAUAUCUAG